AUGUCUGAAUUAAGAGAAAUUUUAAAAGAUGAUUCAAAAGUAAAGUAAAUUGCAAUAGCAGCUUUUAAUACUGUUGAUACUGAUAAAAGUGGGUAUAUUGAUUUAGAUGAAUUAGAAGCCUUAAUGAAAGAUAUGGCUGUAACAUUAAAUAUAACAGCUCCUACAAAAUUUGAAAUAUCAAAUGCAUUUAAAGAAAUCGAUGCAGACAAAGAUAAAAGAAUUAGUCUUGAUGAGUUUACUAUCAUGGUAAGGGAAAUAAUUAGAUUAAUGGCAGGGUUAUGAAAUCGCAUUAUAUAUAAAUCAUAAUGUUUUAAAAAUUUGCGAUUAAAUAUAAUAGAUAAAAUUUUAUAUAAUCAAAGAAAUUAAUUUUUAUAUAUUUUUUGAAUUUCUUAAUUUUUAUUGUGUAAUAGAAAGAUUUAUAUAUUUAUUU